AUGUCAAGUAUUAAUUCAGAACAAACUCAUGAUACUCAAAGUGAAAAUAGUUUUGCCGAAGAAUUUAUUGAAGACAAUAAUGGUUCCAAGUUCUCUAAAUCUUCCAGAACUUUAGAAUCAAAAAGUGUAUCACCAAAAAAUGCAUUAGCAUAUUCUAUAUUAUGUGAUUUGUUGGAUGAGUGUACGCUAGACAUUUUAUUGGAAACUCAUCGAGAAGCAAAAUUAGCAGCUUCUGUAUGUCAAUUAUGUAAUACGGAAUGUCGCUCAUUUGUUUCUCAACCAGGUUUAGAUAUUUUUGGAAAUAACCCUCAGCCUAAUAAUUCGCCGCCAACUUUCGAAUGUGUAAGUUGUCGACGUACUUUUCCAUCAAAACGUUACGCACCACACUUGGAAAAAUGUAUGGGUCUUGCUGGUAGAAGUUCAAGUCGCGUUGCGAAUCUUCGAUUGGGUACCGAUAGAAAUCCUUCAUCACCUUACACUCCUCCAAUACUUUCUGAAGAUAACCCAGAACCAAGUGAUUCUGAUGGUGGUUUAUAUGUUGAAAAUAAAAUGUCGGAUUCAACGAAUGAAACACCAAAUCUAAUUGGAACUAAUGUUUCAAAGUUAAAAAUGGCAGCGGCACAAAGGAAAAACUCGGUAAGAUCAGACAGCCCAACACCAUCAUCAACAUCCAAUAGUCCACUUAGAAGUAGUUCACCAUUGAAACGUGUAACAACAUUACCAUCUUCAAAUACAAUAAAUGGAAGUAUUAUCAUCAGUUGA